AGGGAAGAUUGGUUAUCUCUCCGCUCUUUUCCCGUCCGCAACUCGGCGGAGCUGGAAAACCUAUUUAACAGCGCACUCUUAGGAGUUGCUCUCCGUGUGGCCGCGUUGCAAUUCGCCCGAAUGGACUUCGGGGAAUUUGGGAGCACGGUGGACGCGAUUCAUCUGAAGUAAUUGUCUCGCGCCGUUCCAGCGCACGCUGCGCCGAAAAGCGGCGCUGCGUAAAAUCAAAGAGUCGCCGCGGACGCCAGUCGGUGCUCGACGGGAUUUGCUGCGAGCGAACGGGCGAGAUCUGCACGCGCAGGAGUCCCGGGGUGUCUUCCGGGAGGAAAACGGCUGCUUUAGUCAACGCAAGUUUCAAACAGAAAAGUUGUGACGACGUUCCUCUCGUCCAGUGAACGAACGCGUCCUGCGCACCGUCGCCGUCUCUGAUCCGUCGGCUGCGGAUUGAGAAGAGAUCACAGAAGACGAGCGAGUCGGCGCGAGACCAUCGGAAUCUCUGUGCAGCGACUGUCGGCCGUAAAUAACUUGUUGAAUGAGCUGCUCGUCCCAGAGGCGCCGUUAAAUGAUGCUGCUCAGACAGGAGCUCACGCUGGGACGUCUAACAGCCGCCGCCUUCUGAGGACCCCCCCCCCCCCCCCCCCCCCCUCGCCACCCGCUGACCCCUCCGUCGGGCACGCGUGGACGCACCUCAUCGCCGCGGGGCAGAAGUGGCAGCGGUCGGAGGCGCCGCAGCCCGACGGGGGCCCGAAGCCGCUGGCGCCGCAGUAGCGACAUGCUGCCACAGCUCCCGCACGCUCCUCAGCGCCGCCCGCAGCCGCAGCCGCUCUAGAAAACGUUCAGCGCUACCGCGGUUGUUCCGCACAGACCAGAAUCCACAGACGCCCCACGGAACGGCUUCAGCGAUGCUUUGGCCGGUGCUCCUCGCCCUGCAAGCUGUGUGCAGCAGUGUGGCGGACGCCAUGCAGCACUACCCGGCGGCCUGGGGGCACUAUGACGUAUGCAAGUCCCAGAUCUACACGGAGGAGGGCCUGGCGUGGGACUACAUGGCCUGUCAGCCCGAAGCCACCGACAUGACAAAGUACCUGCGCGUGGCCCUCGACCCCCCCAACAUCACGUGUGGAGAUCCGCCCGAGACGUACUGUGCUUUGGAGAAUCCGUACAUGUGCAACAAUGAAUGUGACGCCUCCACCGAGGAGCUGGCUCAUCCCCCCGAGCUCAUGUUCGACUUCGAGGGCCGCAACCCCACCACGUUCUGGCAGUCGACGUCGUGGAAGAAGUACCCCAAGCCCCUGCAGGUCAACAUCACGCUGUCGUGGAACAAGACCAUCGAGCUCACCGACGACAUCGUGCUGACGUUCGAGUCGGGCCGUCCGGAGCAGAUGGUGCUGGAGAAGUCGCUGGACUACGGCCGGACCUGGACCCCGUACCAGUUCUACGCCACCGACUGCCUGGAUGCCUUCACCAUGGAACCUAAGACGGUGAGCGACCUCACCCAGCGCACGCUGCUGGACAUCAUCUGCACGGAGGACUACUCCAGAGGCUACGUGUGGAAGAACGACAAGACGGUGCGCUUUGAAAUCAAGGACCGCUUCGCCCUGUUUGCUGGGCCCCGACUGCACAACAUGGCCUCUUUGUACGGCCAGCUGGAUACCACCAAGAACCUGAGGGACUUCUUCACCAUCACUGAUCUGAGGAUUAAGCUGCUCAAACCCGCCACCGGAGCCACCAUGGUGGACGAGAACAACCUGUCCAGAUACUUCUACGCCAUCUCUGACAUCAAGGUGCAGGGCAGGUGCAAGUGCAACCUGCACGCCAACAGCUGUGUGUUUGACAAGGGAAAGCUGGGCUGUGAGUGUGAGCACAACACCACAGGGCCGGACUGCAGCCGCUGUAAGAGGCACUAUCACGGCCGAGCCUGGAGCGUGGGCUCCUACCUGCCCAUCCCCAAAGGAACGGCGAAUAUAUGUAUUCCCAAUAAUCACGGACCAGUGCAUCGAGCAAACGCUUCGUCUCUCGGUGUUGCAAAUCGUAACCAAGCGCCACAGAUGUGAUGGAAUCUCUACUCAUGUCCCCGCUGUGACAACGGCCCGCCGCCCCUGAAUGGCUUCGCCUUCAAAAUAAGACUUCUUCUUCGCUCCCGAAGCUUCUUUCUGACUGUCUGGCAUGUGGCUGCAGUUGUUUUCAUUUAAUGUGCAUGUGAAUGUCUAAAAUAUUACUGCAGCUUUAAGUAUCGAGGGAAAGAAAAGUAAUAAUUGAAAUGAAGAGUGAGAUAAAGUAGUAUUUGGGUUUAUUUACAAUAGAGAAACAUCAGGCGAAUGAAAAGCAGCAGAUACUGGCACUCUGUUCUUCCUCUGUAGUGUGUUCAGCAUUAACAUGCUUCUUUAUAAGUUUCUACAAUGAUCCAUUCUAGUUAUGAGAGGGUCUCGGGUAUUGACUACUCCACUCCCACCAAGACAAGUAGGCAAAACUUUCUAAAUCUUUAAUUUAAAUAAAAUCUUCGGUAACUUCCUCUUCUUCUAUAUUUGACUUGACGCCGAUCCGCCGACACAAACUUUGCUCUCGACUAAAAGGAGAAUCAGACACUUUUUGUCUUCAGACGCUUGUUCUGCCAUUUUCAGUCGCUGCUGCGCUGCUGACAAUUCACAGCCGUGGGUCGUGACUAAUGAUGAAGCCUUUAUGUUAAUAUGAUAAGAGGGGCCAGGCUGCGCACGGGUCUCAGUUUACCUUGACAUCACGGCAAAAGAUAUUGAUUUGGCAUAAGUGAAGCAACACUAUUGUGUCUGAGCACAUAUAAUUGGCAGAUCCUGUAUCUGAAAACUGGCUCCAUUUAUAGUUAAUUGUAUCGGUGAAUCUACAGCGCAGCCAUAAAGGGCUUUUAAACAUAUUCAGUGAAGCACUAUUAACAUGAUUCUUCUCUAAAUGUAAAUAAAUGAAGAUGCUGGUGUCUGGAUCUGUCUGUUCUACAGGGAUCCUUUAUAUUAAUAGCUGCCGUACUUUGGUUAAUAAUAAACCUGGAUCUUCUGAAAAAGCCAUUUUUAUUACACACAUAAUCAAAUCACAUGUAAAUCACUGUACAAGAAAACAACUUGCUUUUAAAAUGCAUCACGCCUCCAGUGACACGAGAAGCUACUCCACAUUUAACUCGGCUUUUCCUACUGAAUUUCCUCCACGCCGCUUCGUGCAACACCAGGACUCAACGUCGGACCUGUCAUAACAGUUAUACUGCUAAAAUGUGGCACAUCUGACAGAGGUGUGAGGCGCACAUAUGGCUCAUGGAGAGGAGGCGGCUGCUCAGCCAGGACUCAGAUUGCUGUGAUCUCACUCGCUGGCAGCGCACGUCUGUGAGUGUGUGACGUCACCCAGGACGGGUCUGUUGACGCGCACGCGUGUGGUGAUUAGAACAUGUGCAUCCUAUCUUAUUAUGCGUUGUGAUACUGGUCAGCUCGGGCUACUUUUCACAGCCGGGGAACGUUGUGCAGCUCUGCAGGGAGUCUUUCCAGAGUCACGUUAUUCCGAGUUAAGUUGGCCACCGUGGGCACUUGCCAGGCAGGGGGUGUCUAAUGAAAGACGCUGUUGAGUUGCAUUAUGGGAACACUGCUUAAGACUAAAAGUGAGAAUCUCUCCAGCGAUGCUUCCUUUUAUUCUAUGCAUAUUCUUAUUCUCAUUUCACGGCACGUAUAAAAGCAUCUUUACAGCUUUGGAGCAAAGCGCUCCCAGCAAAUGUUAUUCAGCCCCAAGUAACGAAUGUGACUUUAUUCUGGUAGGUUACACGUUUUACCCAUGUUACCCGCAUCCAUAAUUCAUAAUAAACAAACUUAAGGUAAUGUUUUGUAAACUUAGAAAAGAUUAUUCGCACAUUUUAUUUGAGUGACAUACAAUUAUUGAUUUUUUUGGAUUCUGCUUCAGCAGCAGAGCCGAUGGCUCCUCUAAGACACCACAGACGUGAGCCUCUGCACAAGCGAAGGAAUUGGGCGCUGAUGCUUUUAAAGAAGCAGCGGUCCUGCGGGUGCGCCGGAGGACACAGAUUAUCCGUUGGCCACAGGCAACAAUUUUAAUGAAUGGUCGGGGGAGCCUCAGCUGGUCCCAUGGACCUUUGCAGCCAGACUCAAUGCACAGGUUCUUUCCAUUCGCCGUGAAACAAGAAGCGCUGAUUCCACAUCAGUGAUUGUGGCGUCUAAUUUCAGGUUUGGAGGCAGGAAGUGAUUCACACAAACCCGUUCAGCUCAACCACUGUGAGACCUCAGUCAUCGCGCUUCGUCUUCUUCUCUCCCUCAGUUUUAGCUGUUUUAGCAUUAGCGCCCUCUGCAGACUCGUCUUCCAACAGGAGCGCAGUCGUACUUUGUUUCUAUUUACUCUUUGCUCCAUCCAGUCUGUCAUCUCUCUGUGUUUAUCACGUUCAGGAAAAUGUGAGCUGCUGUUAUUUAGCUCGGUUUUUAGGGCUUCAUGUUAUUGUCUCCUCUCGUCUAAUUGCUCCCAGGAGGACGCUACAACUGUCUUCCUUUUGUUUUAUUCCAAAGACAUUUACAUUACUGAACAAACAAAUCUGACUUUGACCAGACUUGGAGCCACAUUAGCAUUUCUCUCUGUUUCAGGCUAUUUACUUCUAACUCUGCUUUACAGACACAAGAACUCAGUGUGUUACAAUAAAGUCAUUAGCUGGUCAGUGCCAAACAACUGUUACAAACCUGAAGCUAUUCUAAUUAAAGCACUUUAUCUGCGCCAUAAAUCUAUUUUAGCAUAAACAAAACAAAUAACAAUCCCAUUUGUGAUUUGAUUUGCUUAAUAAGGUCUGUUUUCUGUUUCUGUCAAAGAUAACAUCACAAUAUCUUAUUCCCAGGAUGAGAAACAGAAGCAAACAAAUGAAUGACAAGUGUCAGAUUCUGGCACCCGUCUGUAAAAUCAAACAGCGCUGGCUUCUUGGAGGACUCAUUAUUUUGCACACAUCCAAGAGCCGUACAGAAAUCUGUCAUUCAACGCAGCCAUAAGACUGAAUGCAUGUUGGGAAAGGACUUUAAGUGACUGGAUCAGCUGCCGCGUUUGUUCCUGUGCUGUUGACAGAAACCCAUAAAAGUGGAGACAGACUCCGCUCCGCUUCAACUCCGGCUCCAAGAGACUCAUUCACAACUUUAAUUUGCGCCUCAUCAUAAAGUUUUUUGGAAGUUCCUUCUAGUAUUUAAACCCUUCAUGCACAUGGGAACUUCCAUUUAAAACAGCGUCAGUGGCGUGUGUGUGAAGUGGGCUUGCACCUUAUUAACUUAAACGCAGCUCUAAUGCCCUUUUAAUCGGUUUUGGCAGCACCACUGAUGAAUUUGUUGAGUUUAUUCUGGUGCAUGAGCCACACUGCACAAAACCAAAAAUGUGAUUACUAUUUAUGCAGGGAGAGAGAUCCAAUUAUACCGGAAUCUCUUGGCAAAUAUUACCUCUUCAAGGAUUUCACCUCUGCCAACCGAGAGGCUUCCUGUGAUAAUUGAGUCGUGAGUUUUUGUCUGGAAAUGUGAAUAUUAACUCCCGCGGCCGUGAUCAGUCAACACCGGCUCGUUGGCCGGCGGAAACAAUGCACUCCCACGUGUAGCGCGUGUGUCUGUUGAAGUGGGAACGGAAGCAACAGGUGCGUCCGCUGGAAGUGCGUGUUUGCACCUCAGAGGCGGCGGCGGCGUCUUCUGCGGCGCCGCUGAGCCGGAGCGAAGCACAUUUUAAUUCCACUGUCCUGCUCAGUGGGGCCGCGUCACAAGGCAGCCUUUGAUACACUAACCAUUCAUCUCACCCCAUUGCUCCAGUGGUGUGUUGGGCUCCUUUGUUUUGCGCCCGUCCCCUCAGAGCGCCUAAAAAUAUCCAUAAAAUGUUGUUUUCUCCUAAGCAGCCAUUCACGUAAAAGGUCUCCACACAUUCCAGUGCUCGAACAGCAUGCGCCUUUGUUAUGUGUCUGCUUCCUCCUCCCCGACGCCUCGGCGGAGCUCUGAGGACGCAGAGACGGGCCGGGACGAGGCAGCUCGUGCGCUGUGGACCUGCCCGCCGACGUCCUCCCUCGCCUCGCUCGCCCCCCGUCCAUUAACCGCCCUUCCCUUGUCUCUGCAGCGCGGGUGUGCGACAACGCCAUGCUGCGCUGCCAGAACGGCGGCACGUGCCACCAGCACCAGCGCUGCCACUGCUCCCCCGGCUUCUCGGGCGUCCUGUGCGAGAGGGCCCGGUGCCAGGGCCCCGGGGAGUGCGAGG